GCGUCGGUGCUAAGCGACGAAACAAAGCCUCUAGGAUAUACGUCGUUGCAACCCGGCGUCGACCAAAAUGAGGGUUAUUGAAGUGAUUAUUGACGGCUUCAAGUCGUACGCCGUGCGUACAGUGAUUUCAGGAUGGGACGAGAGCUUCAACUCCAUCACCGGCCUCAAUGGCAGUGGAAAGUCAAACAUCCUUGAUUCUAUUUGCUUUGUCCUGGGCAUUACCAACAUGUCAACCGUUCGAGCGCAAAACCUCCAGGAUCUGAUCUACAAGCGCGGCCAGGCUGGCGUCACUAAAGCCAGUGUCACGAUCGUUUUCGACAACAGAGAUACCAAGAAGUCGCCGAUCGGUUUCGAGGAGUAUGCCACGAUUAGUGUCACCCGCCAAAUUGUUCUUGGGGGCACCUCGAAGUACCUCAUCAAUGGACACCGGGCGCAACAACAAACCGUUCAGAAUCUAUUCCAGUCGGUUCAGUUGAACAUCAACAACCCGAAUUUCCUCAUCAUGCAGGGUCGCAUCACCAAGGUCCUAAACAUGAAGGCGGUUGAGAUCCUGGCAAUGAUUGAGGAAGCCGCGGGAACAAGGAUGUUCGAGGACCGACGAGAUAAAGCACUUAAAACUAUGGCCAAGAAGGAGAUGAAGUUGGUGGAACUCCGGGAACUGCUCAAGGAUGAGAUUGAGCCCAAGCUCGAGAAACUACGGACCGAGAAGCGAGCAUUCCUGGACUUUCAACAGACCCAGAACGACCUGGAGCGACUCACGAGAGUCGUUGUUGCGUACGACUAUGUCCGCUGCCAGGAGAAGCUGAGGCAGUCAGCUGCGGACCUCGAAGGAAAGAAGCGAAGGCGAUGGGACCUGGAGGAAUCUGCAACACGGCUACGAAGCGAGAUUUCGCAUCUUGAGGAAGACGUCAAGAAGGUGCGGACCCAGCGAGACAAGGAACUCAGGAAGGGGGGCAAGGCGCAGGCGCUGGAAGAGGCGACAAAGAAGCAUUCCAACGAGCUAGUGAGACUUGCCACUGUACUCGAUUUGAAGAACUCAAGUCUGGCAGAGGAGAAGGAGAAGCAGAUUGCGAUCGAAAAGGCGGUCUCCGAGUCAGAGGCAACACUCAAGGACAAGACGGCGGCAUUCGAGAAUGCCAAGGCCAAGUAUGAUGCGGCGAAGAAUGAUCUCGAGCAACAAAAUCAAGACGCCGAGUCCAAGGAGGAGCUUCUCCAAACUCUACAAACCGGUGUGGCCUCCAAGGAUGGCCAGGAAAACGGUUACCAAGGACAACUCCAGGACGCCAAAGCCCGCGCCACCACGGCUGCGACUGAGCAAGAACAAGCCAAGAUCAAGAUUUCUCACUUAGAAAAGCGGAUCAAAGAAGAGGAACCCAGGGCCAAAAAGGCAAAGGAACAGAAUGCCGACCUCCUACGUGACCUCGAUGGCCUGAAGGUACAAGCCCAAAAGUUAGAGAAGGAGCUCAGUCGACUUGGGUUUGAACCAGGCCAGGAGGAGGAGAUGUACAAGCAGGAGUCAACUUUGCAACAAACCGUUCGGAACCUCAGGCAGGAAUCCGACAAACUCAAACGGCAAGUUGCGAACAUCGACUUCAACUAUGCUGAUCCGGUUCCCAACUUUGACCGAUCCAAGGUCAAAGGAUUAGUUGCUCAGCUCUUUACUUUGGACAAAGAGCAUACUGCAGCGGGUACUGCGUUGGAGAUCUGUGCCGGUGGGCGCCUUUACAAUGUCGUGGUUGACUCAGAAGUGACUGGCACUCAGCUUCUACAAAAGGGAAAGCUCAGGAAGCGAGUUACAAUUAUCCCCCUCAACAAGAUUGCAGCCUUCAAAGCUUCGGCUCAAACCAUUGCCACGGCACAGAAGAUCGCACCCGGCAAGGUUGACCUUGCUCUGUCCCUGGUCGGAUAUGAUGACGAGGUCUCGGCCGCCAUGGAGUACGUGUUUGGCAACACCCUUGUGUGUGCUGAUGCGGAUACUGCCAAGAAGGUCACAUUCGAUCCCAAUGUCCGGAUGAGGAGCAUAACUCUUGAGGGUGAUGCAUACGACCCAUCCGGCACGUUGUCUGGUGGCAGUUCACCAAACUCCAGCGGCGUUUUGGUAACUCUCCAGAAGCUCAACAGCCUCACUCGACAACUAAGUGAAGCUGAGUAUUCUCUGAAGGAACUUCAGGUCAGAAUAUCUAAAGAGAAGUCUAAGCUUGACCAAGCUCGUCGGAUCAAGCAAGAUUUGGACCUGAAGAGCCACGAGAUUAAGCUCGCCGAGGAACAGAUUGGCGGCAACUCUUCGUCCUCCAUCAUUCAGGAGGUUGCGAAAAUGAAGUCAACAAUCACCGAGCUCAAGGAGGGCAUAUCUGAGGCCAAGGUCCGCCAGGCCAAGGCGACUGCGGAUAUCAAGAGCAUUGAGAAGGACAUGAACGACUUUGACAACAACAAAGAUGCCAAACUCACUGAGCUACAGAAGAGCCUUGAUAAACUCCGAGCUGGCCUCAGCAAAAAUGCUGCGGCCGUCAAGGCACUUCAGAAGGGGUUGCAGGGUGCUCAACUCGAUUCCGAGCAAGCCGGUGUAGACCUUUCUGCCGCCCGUGAGCAGCUUCAGGAGGCCGAGGUUGGAAUCAAGGCUCAACAACAAGACAUUGAGGAUAUUGUCAAGCAACAAGCCAAGCUCAAUGAGACUCACGACGCUGUGCAGGCUGAGCUCGAUGACGAGCGCGCAAAGCUUCACCUCUUUGACGAUGAGCUACGGGCUCUGGAGGACGCCAUCCGCUCCAAGAACGGGCGAAUCGCUGAGGAGGGCCUCGAGAUGCAGAAGCUCGGCCAUCUCGUAGACAAGUUCCACAAAGAGCAACAGGGCGCCGCCGAGAACGUCACCCACCUGGAGAAGGAGCACGAAUGGAUCCAUGAUGAAAAAGACAAAUUCGGCCGGAACGGCACGCCCUACGAUUUCCAGGGCCAAAACAUUGGCGAGUGCAAGUCAACAUUGCGUAACCUGACCGAGCGCUUCCAGGGGAUGAAGAAGAAGAUCAACCCCAAGGUCAUGAACAUGAUUGACAGCGUUGAGAAGAAGGAGGUCUCUCUGAAGCACAUGAUCAAGACUGUCAUUCGCGAUAAACGAAAGAUUGAGGAAACCAUUGUCAGUCUGGACGACUACAAGAAGAAGGCCUUGCAUGAGACUUGGGAGAAGGUCAACGGCGACUUUGGCCAGAUCUUCUCGGAAUUGCUCCCCGGCGGCAGCUUUGCCAAGCUGGAUCCCCCAGAGAACAAGACUAUCAGCGACGGUCUCGAGGUCAAGGUCUGCCUGGGCAAGGUUUGGAAACAGAGCUUGACCGAGUUGAGUGGUGGUCAGAGAUCACUCGUCGCCUUGUCGCUCAUCAUGGCUCUGCUCCAAUUCAAGCCUGCACCCAUGUACAUUCUCGAUGAGGUCGACGCCGCGCUGGAUCUGUCGCACACGCAAAACAUCGGUCGUCUCAUCAAGACCCGGUUCAAGGGCUCGCAAUUCAUCGUUGUCAGUCUGAAGGACGGCAUGUUCCAGAACGCGAACCGUAUUUUCCGGACGCGCUUCAGCGAGGGCACCAGUAUGGUGCAAGCCUUGACGCCAGCGGAUAUGAGGUAAUGUCACGGAGUCAUGCGAUGUAUGAAUGGCGUGUCAAUGAGGAAUGACGGAACAUAUGGGCGUGUUUAUACACGAGGCGUGGGUCGGGGCACGGGAAGGCAGCGUUUGGUGGUUUGACAAGAUACCGAUCGAUGUAAUGAGGACAU